AUGGAAAGAUAUAGAAUAAGAAGAGAAAGAAAAGAAAUUCUAAAAAAUGAAAUUGAAAAACAAAGGGACCUAAUUCAAAAAGAGGAUUUUAGAUUAAUGUCCAAUGAAAAUAAUGAACAUAAUGAUGAACAUGAUAAUAGACUAAUUGAAUUAAAUAAACAAUUAAAUAUAUUAAAAUUAGAAUUAGAAGAAUUAAGAUUACAAGGUGAUAGAUUUUAUGUUUUAAAUGGAGAUGAUACAAUUUUAAUGGACAUUGAUGAAACUAGUAAGAUUACUUUUUAUUUAUGUAGACACUUUACAGAUUUAACGAAAAUACCAAUAGAAGAGAGUAAUGAGAGUAGAAUAUUAAUUGUAAAUGAAUUGGAGACUGUAUCAGAUCCAUCAAUCGAACCAAUAUUUGAAUUUCAAAAAGUUAUAUCUUCAAAAUCAAUUCAUCAAUUAUUCUCUGUAAAAACAAAUUUCGAUAAUAAUAAUAAUAAUAAUAAUAAUAGCAAUAAUAAUAAUAAUGGUAAUAAACCAUCAUUAUUUGAAAGAGUUAAACAAAAUACAUGGAGUUUAGGAAUAUCACCAUUAAGAAGGACAACAUCAGAUCCUACAAUAUUUGGUGAAAGAUUCUCUCCUCCGAAAUCAAUUUCAAACUUUAUUGAAAGAUUUAAAGAUAAUAAAGAAAAAGAUAAAGAAAAAGAUAAUUCAUCAUUAUCAAUUACAAUACAAAAUAAUAAUACAGCAACAACAACAACAACAACAACAACAACAACAACAACAACAACAACAACAACAACAACAACAACAACAACAACAACCACACCAACAUCAUCAACAACAGUAAAUACAAAUAUAAACCAAGAAAAAUUAAGAAAAUAUUCAACAACACCUUCAAUUAAUCAAAUUAAUAAUCAACAAAAUAUUGAAAAUAAUAAUAAUAAUAAUAAUAAUAAUCAAGAAAUUGGUGGUAAAAUUUUAUUAACCUGGAGUAAUAAAGAGACUUCAAUGUACAUAUUAAAAACCCAAGAAGAAUCUUUAGAACUUUUAGAGUUAUUAGGAUCACAUAUAGAUAGAUCAAAGAAAGUUACUGCUAAACAAUCACAAACUAUAAAGAUAUUAUUUCAAAAGAAAUCGACAAUCUAUGAAUCAACAAAUCCCGAUCAUGAGGAAUACUUAAAACAUUUAUGGAGUUUGCUAUAUCCAGAGCAAGAGUUUCAAAAAAAGUCACCCCUAUGGAAGAAAUUUGGCUUUCAAAGUGAUGAUCCAACUAGAGAUUUUCGUGGUAUGGGUAUAAUGGGUCUAUUGAAUCUAAUUCAUUUGGUUCAACAUCAUAAUGAUUGGGUACAGGAGAUUCUAGCUCAGGAUAGAGAUUAUCCUUUUGCUGUGGCUGGUAUAAACAUUUCAAAUUUGAUCUUUGAGGUUUUUCAAAUCUCUGAGGAUUCACUUCAACAACCUUGGUAUAGUAGUUUUUGGUCUUCCUCCUAUAUGGCUAUGCUUUGUUCAAUGUCUAGACAUAAUGAUCAUGCUUUUGAGGAAUUGUAUUUCCUCAUUUUCAAUCUAUUGGAUCACCUUUGGAUUCAAAUGAAUGCAACCUAUAUGAUGUUUCCUUUAGUAAUUAAAAAAUUAAAAUCUCAACUUAAUGAAAUCUCAAAUUUUAAUCCAAAUAGUUUUGAUGAAGUUAGAGCUAGAUUCGAUUUAAUUCAAAGAUUAAAUAUAAUUGAUAAUCCAAUUGAUCAACAGCAACAACAACUACAACAACAACAACAAUCACUCCCAUUACCAAGUUCUCCAAGAUCAUUUUUAAAUAAUUAUCAACAAACUACCACUUCAUCAACUUCAAUAUCGCCAUCAAAAAAUACUCAAAAUAAUUAG